AUGGAGCUGCCACCUUCCACUGCCGCUGCAGCUCGUGUCGGUGUCAAUAUUCAGGUGGCGCAUUCGCAUGGUCUAACGCGAGUCAAGUAUGCGCCUAGUGGAAGCAAAGUGAGCUGGCUGUUCACAGGUGGUGACGAAGGUACGGUGCGACUGCUACCCACAGAUCCCAGAUCAGGUGCAGAAGCCUUGGCCAUCGACGACGCCACGGCCCCAAUCAAUUGGAUCGAUGCGGAUGCCGACUAUCUCGUAGCCGCCGCAGCAGAUGGAGCAGUGCGCAUAUAUCAACACAACGUCUCUCUUUCGGAAGAUGGCGCGGCAGCGACCGAUCUAGUAGGCAUCCUCACCCGCACAGGACUUCCCGCUCGAUGCGCUGCCUUAGAGCGACACGUUCUGCCGACUAAAACCCCGCGAGUCGCUUGCUUGAGCGAUGACCUCGUCAUCAAAGUGGUCGAUUCUGGUGCCCCUCAACGCGUGCAGCUCCUCGCCAAACACUCUCGUCCGCCCAAAGCUGCUGCUUGGUCUCCCGUCGAGCCUCUGCUAAUCACCACCGAUUGCGACGGGGUGGCUUGCAUCUGGGACAUGCAGGGCGCCGAGCCGGUCCACGUCAAAGCGAUGGAGAGAAUCUUAGCUCAGGCUCGGCCAGAGUCAGAGUACAGCUCCGAGCCCGUGUGGCAUCCUAGUGGCAACUCUUUCGUACUGCCAAGCAAGACGCACGAAGUUGUCAUGGUCGAGAAGCCGUCUUGGAAUGUCUCGACAAGCUUCUCUGCUCCAGCUCGUGACCAAUUGCCGCCGGGAGUUGAAUCGCCAAGCGGUCAGAUCAGCGCCUUGUCCUUCUCGCCGAAUGGCAGGUAUCUGGCCGUAGCUACCGCCAGCGCGCAUGUCACCGUUUGGGAAACGGCAACGCGCAAGCCUCUUCGACAGAGAUCAGCCUACGCCCUCGUCACAGGCAUCAGCUGGCAUCCCGAAGCUGAUGCUCUCGCGUGGACAGAUGCGCAAGGUCAACUAUCGCGCUGGUGGGAAGUAGUGGGGUCAGCGAACGCGAAUCCGUUUGAGCUGCUGGACUACCAGCAUAGGUCUACGGAGCAGACGCUCAAAGAGCGGGUCCGCCAGCAACAAGUCACUGAGGACAUAGAUGCGCUCUUCGAUGGCGCAGGCCUAUCCGACGAAGAUGAGGAGACAGAAGCAAUGCUCGACAAAGAAGAACUCAAUGACGAUCUGAACGAUUUCGUAGUAGAUGACGAUGGCGGCGGCACUGGCUAUGGUGCUGCCACCGAUCGACGUUCGAGAACUCAGAGGACCACAGGCCUAACCCAGCGACACGUCGGCAGGUCUCACUCUAGUCUGAUUUCGUCGACUAAGAUGCAGUCCGCUUUCCAACCUACCUCGACCGACCUGCGUGGACAGCGGAGAUACUUCGCUUACAGCUGCCUGGGUUCUCUUGUGGGUACAGACCAAGGCGAUCACCAGACGAUAGCAUUUGAGUCAAGUGACGCUGGCUCAAGACGGAAUUGGCGAUUUGCGGAUCACUUCGGAUACAACAUGGCAUCACUCGGGGGGUCUGGUGCCCUAUUCGCGUACGAGGAUGACGCAGAGUCUGGGCACCCCAGUAGCAUCUUUUUCAAGCCAUUCGAAGCAUCAGGAGCCCGCACUACGCUCGCCACAGAGUGGACCGUCAACUUGCCGAGAGGAGAAGAAGCGGUCGCGAUCGCGAUGGCCGGCAAAGCCCCGCGCCCGAAUGCAGAUUCAAGAGCCGCAGACGCCAUGACGAUCUCUAGCGCCAUCGUCGCAACAUCGGCUGGCUACUUGCGCUUUUUUAGUGCAUCUGGCUUCCAACGAUACUUGUGGGCCCUUGGCUCACCGGUGGUAUCAAUGGCAGCGGGAACCCACUCAGCAAUGAUAGUUCACCGAGGAGCGACUUCGUGCGCCUUGGAAGGCUUUCAGAACUUGAGCUACACCCUCAUCAAUUUACUCACCUUCAGCAUUCAGCAACAAGGCGUCUUACCGCUUGCCAAAGACGCCACUCUGCGCUGGGUUGGUCUGAAUGACGCGGAUGUGCCGGCCUUCUUUGACAGUCGUGGAGUGCUUUACUUACUGGAUCGGAGCCACGCACCUCAUGGUCAAGCGCGUUGGGUGCCUUGCCUCGACACCAAGAACAUUCAAGCUCAACAGGCCUCCAAGACAGACUCAAGUCUUGCUCCUCGUUUACAUUACUGGCCGGUCGGCCUCACCUCUCACAAGUUGCUGGCCAUCAUUCUAAAGGGCGCCCACUCGACACCGGACCCAUCUGCCUCGUCACGUCCACUCCUUCAAGAUCUCGAUCUUCAUUUCCCUUUAGCUGCGGGCGAAGGUCCGGCUGCAGCUCUCGAGCAAGAGCAUGCUCGAAAUGCGUUCCUCGCCGAUUCCAUUCGAUCCGCCAGACGCGCUCGUGCACUUGAGCUCGAGCUUGACGAAGACGAAGAGCCCGAUGACGACGAUUCGCCUGAUCCCUGGGUACUGCAACACAAUGCAGAUAAAGCGCUGCUGCAGCUCAUUCAGCUCGCAUGCAAAGCAGACCGACACGCCAGAGCACUGGACGCAGCCAUGGAAUUGCACUCUGAGAAGACUCUCGAUGCCGCCGUUCAGAUCGCCACUUUCUUCCAUCAACCUGGCCUUGCGGAUCGCAUGGAAAACUUGCGGGGUUGGGUGAGAGGAAGAAGAGAGCGUGACGAG